AUGUCGGUAGCAGGAUUUCCCCUCCCAUCGAAAGAUGCGUUGUUGGAAGCCUAUCAGAACCGUUCUCUCCACGAGGUUCCAGUUCCGGCCGCAGUCAUAGACGUGGGCAAAGUGAAGGCCAAUUGUCAGGCUAUGCUCGAUGCUGUGGAAGAGCUUGGAGUCAGUUUUCGGGCUCACGUCAAGACUCACAAGACCUCGGAGCUCACCCGACUCCAAGUUGGGGCAGAGUGCAAGGAUGUGAGGUUGGUUGUGUCGACAGUCAUUGAAGCCGAACAGCUGAUCCCGCUGCUCUUGGAAUACCAACGACAAGGAGCCAGGAUCAAUGUGCUCUAUGGCGUUCCCUUGGGUCCUUCCCAUGUACCUCGCCUUGCUACCGUGGCUCGUCAGUUGGGGGCGGGCUCGGUGACGGUCAUGGUCGAUCAUCCCGGUCAAUUGCAGUCGGUGAAGAAACUCGGAGAGCAAGCGGGAUUUCCCGCCUCAGUAUUCAUCAAGACCGAUUCGGGGCCCCAUAGAGCGGGACUACAUCCAACAUCGAUAGAGAUGAUGGACCUUGUGCGAGAAGUAAGCAGAGGUGAAGAGCAGGGGAUUCUUCACCUGGUCGGUUUCUACACUCACAACAGCCUCAGCUAUGGCGCAUCAGCCCCGGAUGAUGCCAUGGAUUGGUUGAAGGUUGAGAUUGACUCAUGCCGACAAGCCUCUGAACACUCCAAACAGGAUCGGAAGAAUGCACUUGUGGUAUCGGUGGGGGCAUCUCCUUCGGCGCUGUCUCUGCAGAACAUUGUUUCUUCGAACUCCCGGUCGUCAUCAUCCUCGUCGGCGAUUGCCUUGAAGGAGACGUUGCAACUGACAAAGUCCAAUCUCGAACUCGAAGUGCAUGCCGGCGUCUAUCCUAUUUUCGAUAUCCAGCAGGUGGCCGCAAGCAGUCGUCACUUGACGUCGGACCCUCACGACACCAUUGCCGCGUCCGUGUUGACCGAGGUUUGUUCCUUAUAUCCCAACCGCACGGAACAACCCGAAGCCCUUGUGUCGGCAGGUCUUCUAGCCCUGGCACGGGAGCCGUGUAAGGACUAUGCAGGAUAUGGUGUUGUCAGUCCCUGGAACAUGCGAAAGGAUUAUACGAUCAGCAAUCAAGAACGGAUCAUCGUCGCGCGCAUCAGUCAAGAGCAUGGGAUUCUCGCAUUUGAAGGCCAGCAUCCCGAAAUGACCCAGCUCCCACUGGAAUAUGGACAAAAGCUUCGCAUCUGGCCCAACCAUGCCUGCAUCACGCUAGCCAUGUUUGGCUGGUAUCUGGUCGUCGAUUCCACCAGCGGAUCUCCUGAUAACAUCGUUGACGUGUGGGUUCGAUGGCGAGGAUGGUGA